UUCCGGUGGGGCCGGCGACGUUUGGGCUGCCGUGUGAGGGGCCGCGGGGGAGCAGCGGACAUCGUCGUCGUCGUCCUCCUCAGUUUGUGGUCUCCAAGCGCCUGGCAAUGGUGUGCAUUCCCUGUAUCGUCAUUCCAGUUCUGCUCUGGGUCUACAAAAAAUUCCUGGAGCCGUAUAUCUACCCUUUAAUAGCUCCUUUUGUUAACCGUAUGUGGCCCAAGAAAGCUGUACAAGCAACCUCUACAAACAACCAAGGCAAAGGAGAUUAUAAGAAUGUCAGCAAUGGAGUCACAAAUGGAAUCUCUACAGAGGGACCCACGGAAGCCUGUAAUAAAAAGACCGACUAAAGCAAAUCAUUCCAAAAGAUUGCAUUGCCUCAGAAAUGAUAUUAUGUUACAUGUAGUUUGAGAAUGUCUUUUUUCCCCUUUCUAUGAGACCCCCAAAAUGGGCUAAAUAUUUUGGAAAUUCCAUAAUGAGUCAAACACAUAGUAUUUCUAUUUAAGAUGUGUAAAUUAAUAUUUAAUAAUCUCAUUCCUCUUCUUUCCUCACUGUAAUAAUUUCCAUCUCUAGCGCCGUUCUUAACUCUGUGAAUAAAAUGCAGUUUUACUCUAUUAAAUGACCGUCCACAGUUCA